AGCCUAGAAGUGGUCACAGCAGAACUUUUGCAGCCAACUGGGGAAUCUGAUCUGAGCCCCACCCUUCGCAUCGCAGCAGCUGCCUGUGGCCUAAACCGCUCUGGAGGAGGGUUGAGAGAGGCGGGGUAUUUGUGUGUGCUGUGCAACAGCCCUCGAGGAGGAGCAGGCGAAGCUGUUCAUACCUGCCUCGGCACCGACACCGCACAAACCCACGCCAUCAGAGCCUCCUCUCGCCUCUUCCCAAAUGGCUGCUUACAAGGUCCAGGUGGCCACAGGUGACAUCUUGCUGGCGGGCACCUACAGCACCGUCUCCAUCACCCUGGUGGGGGCUCGCGGGGAGAGCCCCAAGCAGCGCCUGGACCACCUGGGCAGAGAUUUUGUCCGUGGGGCUGUAGACGACUACGAGGUGCUGAUCGAACAGGACCUGGGCCCCAUCCAUCUGAUCCGCCUGCACAAGGAGCCGUACUUAUUCUUCCCCACGGACAACUGGUUCUGCAAUUUCGUCAGGGUGACGACCCCACAGGGGGAGACGUACAACUUCCCUUCCUACCAGUGGCUGGAGGGCUCCUGCACCUUGACCCUGAGGGAGGGGGCAGCCAAAACGGUUUGCGAUGACAAAGGAAACCCCCAACUCGUGGAGCAUCGCAAGGAAGAGCUGAAGAAACGGCAGGAAUCCUAUGGCUGGAAGGAGUACGCCCCAGGCUGGCCGAGGUGCGUCGACGCGAAAAGCACCGAAGAUCUGGAUUCCAAUUCGAAGUACUUGUUCACCAAGUCCUCUGUCUUUGCCCUGCGCACCGUCAAAUCGGAACUUGAGAUGCGGCUGAAAGGCUUCUCCAAGCUGACGGAGUCGUGGAAGAACCUGGACGACAUUCGCAGAGUCUUCUGGUUCAUGAAAACACCUGUCACAGAGUACGUCACAGAGCACUGGAUGGAUGACGAUUUUUUUGGCUACCAGUAUCUGAACGGUGUGAAUCCGGUGGUGAUCAAGAAAUGCCCCGUCAUCCCCGAUAACUUCCCGGUGACCCCAGAGAUGGUGGCUGGAAGCCUGGGGAAAUCAACUAGCCUCCAGGAGGAGCUGAAGAAAGGAAACAUCUUCAUCACCGACUACAAGAUCCUUGAGGGCAUCCCCACCUGCAAACUGAACGGGAAGCGUCAGUAUCUGGCAGCCCCCCUCUGCCUGCUGCACCUCAACCCCAAAGGGCAGAUGAUGCCAUUAGCCAUUCAGCUUAAACAGACCCCCGGCCCGGAGAACCCCAUUUUCUUGCCCACUGACUCCAAGUGGGACUGGACGCUUGCCAAGAUCUGGGUGAGAAUGUCCAACUUCCACGUCCACGAGGUCAACACCCACCUCCUCGAAGCGCACUUCCAUUGUGAGGUCUACAGUAUGGCCACCCUUCGCCAGCUGCCAAUGUGCCACCCUCUGUACAAGCUCCUGAUACCCCACACCCGUUAUACUCUGCACAUCAACACCCUUGCCCGUACCAGUCUUAUCCAACCAGGAGGGGUAUUUGAUCAGGCAACGGCGACGGGACGGGACGGGAUGAUAAAACUGCUAGCCAAAGGCGUGGAGGCCUCUAGCUACAGCUCCCUCUGCCUCCCAGAUGACCUGCAAGAAAGAGGAGUCGCGUCCUUGCCCAAUUACUACUACAGGGAUGAUGGGAUGAAGAUUUGGAAGGCUAUAGAGACGUUUGUCUCUGGAAUCGUCGGUCUCUACUACAAAUCUGACGCAUCUGUGAAGGACGACCCCGAACUGCAAGCCUGGGUUCACGAGAUCUUCACUGAAGCGUUCCUGGGCAGGGCGGCAUCAGGUGUUCCUUCCACCUUGGAAACCAGAGCUGAGCUCAUCAAGUUCCUCACCAUGGUCAUCUUCUGCUCCUCCGCAAGGCAUGCGGCUGUCAAUAGCGGACAGUUUGAUUUCGCCGCCUGGAUGCCCAACACGCCGGCCACCUUGCGCCAGCCCCCGCCCAAGGUGAAGGGCUCCGCGACUUUGGAGAGCAUCUUGGCCACGCUUCCCGAAGUCAACUCCUCCUGCGCUCUGCUGACGCUGCUCUCCAUCGUGAGCUACGAGCCGGGAGACCUGAGACCCCUGGGCUACUACCCUGAGGAACAUUUCACAGAGGAAGCACCGAGGAAGCUUAUCGCUGCCUUCCAGGAACGCCUGGCCGAGAUCUCGAAGGAAAUCGAGGCCAGGAACAAGGAACUGCCCAUCGGGUACCUCUACAUGAAUCCUACCGAAGCCCAGAACAGUGUCUCCAUAUAACUUCCUCUCUCACGCACCUUUCACAAGCUGGAAAAGGGCUUCCCUCAUGACUGCUGACUUGGAAGGCUGGAGCAGGAAGCCAAACAUCUGCAGUCUGGGGAAAAAAAAGACUUGAGAGCUGCUUAAUUUGCAAUUUGCGGAUUUCGCAAAAGGGGGUGGUUGUUGAGCUGCAGGGGUGCCCGUGCAGGUGUCAAAGCAGGUGUAGGUGAUAUCAAUGAAAGGUUUUGCAAAAGGUGGUACAGGCCACGAAAUCUGUGCUCUUUGAUUCCUGGAAGCCGAGCCCAGGUUGGUUCUGAACAUUUCCUUCAAACAUUUCCCAGUUUUGUUUCAUGAGGGCUAGGCGCUUUUUAGGCAAAUGUAGAAGUCUCCUGGGUCAGCACAACAUUCCGCCCGGCACAGAGCGGCCCUCCAGAUGUUUUGGCCUACAACUCCCAUGAUCCCUAGCUAGCAGGACCAGUGGUUGGGGAAGAUGGGAAUUGUAGCCCAAAACAUCUGGAGGGCAGCAGGUUUGACAUGCCUGAAACUCUCUGCCCCUUCCUGCAGCCUUCACAUUUUGGCGUGCUUUUAUUUUUCUUUAGGGUGGGCUUAAUUCCUUGAUGUCCUUUUAAAAAAAUUCCACAUGUCUGCUUACAGAGAUGUGGGGGAGAGGCAGGGGGAGAAACAAGAUGGAAAACUUGGAAAAAAUGGAAAGAUGGAAAAAAUAUUCUAGUGUUACAAAGUUUUCAUUUCGAUUGAUCUGUUUCCGCUCCUUCAUCUGCUUGUUUUGCCUGCAGGAAUGCACAGUUCUAACGUGGCUUUGUGCUAAUAAACAUGUCAAGAUGCUAA